GACCCGGAUGGUUCUCGCGGGUCCUUCGACCCUGUAGUAUCCCCGCGCCGCAAUCAGUGCACUAUUCUUAUCGCGAUUUCACACUUUUUAUACCCCCUCCCCUCCGCUCCUCUCUCUCUCUCUCUCUCUGUCUCUCUCACUCUGAAAUCUAGAAUUCGUCUCAAUGGAAAAGAAUAAAAAUGAAAAAUGUGAGCAUGUGUUGAAAGUCGAUCGCUCAACAAUGAAAAAGUUUGGAGAAAAUAAUUAAAGGUGCGCGCCUCAUCGAACUGGAGAGUGUUGUUACACGUGUGAAAUAAAUAUCAUUCGCGGAGUGUGCGCGCGAGAACGUGAUCGGAGCUGAUCCGAUUAAUCGACCUCGUCGUUUAAAACUGUGCCAAAUUUAGUGUCUUUUCUUCUUUUUUUAUUUACUCUUGCGUCCCGCGCUCGUUGAACGAGCUCGGGCUCUGGCCUAAUACUCAAAUUUUUUGUCCGAACCUCUGCUUAAUUACAUUUCGAACUGUUUUGUGAGCAUCAUUGAAUAUUGUGUACGCGGAGUGGAUUUAACAAUUUGGAUGGAUUAGAGAGCGGACUUGAUCACCGAAGCUGAUACGACGAGGAUGAGAUCCUGGGAGAAGCGCAACAGCGUAAUCGGACUUGAGAAAAGUAAGGGAAGUCGGGGCAAUUAUUAUCCGCACGGGAGAUACAGAAGUGUCGGGACGUCGUUCGUGAGAAUCUCCGGCGUAGCCGGAAAUGACAAUGACGAGCGUCGCUGUCGCCCCGGGUAGUCUCGGUGCGCCACCAGCGAUGCUCACACCGACCAAAAGGUACCAUCUUCAACCUGGACUCUCUCAGAAUUCAUCGUCACCGACACCGGGGGUCAAGGAUUACGAUCCUCUGAGCAAGGGGAAAAAAUCGUGGAGCGUGCGUUUGGGUCUGUCCCGUCAGAGUCACCAAGGUGCGGAUGAUCCGGGAAAGGGUUGGGGCACGAUAAGCGGUGGAAGUGCACUGUCUCGUCAAAUGUUGUACGGUGAUCCAUGGUUUUACGGUACAGUAAGAUCGGCACGCGGAAUACAUGACCCGCGUGGUUAUUUGAAUCCUCCACCACCGCCACCGCCGGGUGCUCCGGUACUCAUAGUAUGUUCCUGUCCGGAGUUUCUCAUCGGGACUACGAGGAAGCUUGGAAACUGCCGGAAAUGCGGUGGUCAUCGCCUCGCUGGCGUACCACUCGGUGGGACGUGUCGCAUGGCAACAACUUCCUCCAGGAGUCGCCCGAGCUUGGCCGGAAUCCUGAGGUCGUCGGUAGACGAUCCGUACGACGUGAUGCGGCGCAGUCGUCUAGUCGAGCCGAGAUCACGCGCCCGGAGUAUUUCCCCUCAUCGACAAACGAGCCAGCGGGAUUCGCGCAGUCAGAGCGUCGCUCGAAGCAACAAAGACCGUAAAAUAGGAUCGAGCGAAGGGGGGGCAGUUUCGAGGACCGAGUGGUUCGACAACGAGACGAAUUACGAGGAAAAUCCGCGACAGAAAUCACGGCCGAGUUUCGGUGCGGGUGGUUCCGGUGACGAUUGGCUGGAGGAGACGAGACCGGAAGACGAAGCGAGAUCCGCGAAUGGCAGGCUCGUCAGAGUGGCGAAUAAAAAAGGACGAAGUUGGCAGGAUUCGAACGAGCCGAUGAAUCGUCAGGAAAAUAUCCGACGCAACAAGAGCGAGGAUGAUAGAAAAGAUCGAGCAACUUUGAACAACAAUAACAGUAGCAACAAAAACAACAACAACAACAACAACAACAGCAAUAACAACGUCAACAACGGGAGCGGUGGCAACAGCAGCGGUAACGGUAACGGGCUUUCGAGUUUGACGGAUUCGCGAAAAAGUAUUUUGGAAUGCGACGUUAAUCCUUAUUUGCUCGUGAAGAAACAAAUGACGGACGAGGACGACCUCAGCGACGAUCUUUCGGACAAUGCGCUCGAGCUCGAGGAAAAACCGUCUUGCAGCUUGUUCGAUCCUUCGAAAGUGAAAUCUAUAGAACGCGUACCCAACAGGAGCGCGGUUGCCGCGAUCGGAGGUCAAAGGAUCCGCGUGUUCACCGAACCUCGGGAAAUUUCGGACGACGAUACGGAGACCGAAAGUGGUGGAACAGUGACGAGGAUCCCCAUACCAAAAGUUUCACCGAAAAGACCACCGCGACGAGUCAAAGAAUCACGAACUACGCUUAAGAGUAUACUGAAAAGAGGCAAACCAGACGGUAAACGAAAAAACGUUUUGUUCAAAGUCAACAACGUCAUUUUCGCUCCGGAAAAACCACCGGAAACGAGUCUUCCGAACAGUCGACGAUCCAGCAGAGUUUCCGUCAACUCCUUACCCAAGGAAGAGCUUUCUUGCUCGGAUCAACAGUUCCAAGUGCCCCCCCAAGUUGUGCCUCAAACUCUCCACCAACAACAUUUACCCGAAAGACCUAAAUUCAUAACGAUACCGAACAUCCGAGAUCCCAAAAGAAUAACGCGCAUUCAAGAGCCUAAAAUCAUACCGGAAGCGAUGAAAAUAAAUCCCGAGAUGGAACGCAUGAAAAUCGAGCACUCUGCGAUUGCCAGAAGACCCGAAGUCCCCGUUAGAAAUUCCAGCAGAAAAGAUCACUUGGCCAACAACAAAAUGAUCCUCACCACCGAUACAACUUGUUCCAACGAGGAAACGCGAUCUCUUACGGAUUCAACCAUCGCCGAACUUUCCGUCCAUCUCAAAACUGCCUCGCCAAACAAUUCUGAGAUUGAAAACAACGCGAGUGAGAAAAACAUCAGUACAGACAAAAAUAUAAAUAAUCGAGUCAGUAGUAGCGAAACGUCAUUGGACACUAUCAGACCGGAAGACGAAACCGAAUUUGAGAUCGAGAUCGAGGAGCUUGAGCACAAGACUCCUCUCAUCGAAAACGAAGACGAACAACUCAUCCUCAAAUCCGGAGAUGAAAAUGGGCGAAGAGCUUGUUUGUCACGGAGUCAGAGCGACCGCGCGAGCAUAAGGCCAGAAACGACAGCCGGAAGCGUUAGUUAUUUGGACACGAUGCGAUUGAGUCUCCGACGAAAAGCGACGAACGUGACGGAAAAUGGAGUGAGAAUAGGGUUUGAAAAAGAUCGGUCGGAGGCGAUACCGGAGGUCGACGAAAGGACGGAGAAAGCCCAAGAUUCAUCGGCGUUGUCGGAAAUCGCUCGACCGGAAAUGAGGGUCGAAGCGAAGGAGAAAGAGAUCGAAUGCCCGGGUUUGUUGAGAUCGGACGACGAAAGCCGAAGAAGUGAGGAGCAUUUUCGACGGAUGAGGCCAACGAGUUGGUCUCCGCCGCCCGGAAAAUCGAAGCACAGAGAUCGCGCGAGCGAUCCGGGACCGAUGACUCCGAGGAAUCGUCAGGACGCGAAUUCUUCGGAGUGUUGUUUGAAAAAUUGGCGAGAAAUAGGCUCGAAUAGUAAAAACGAUUCUUGCAGAAGCUGCUGCUCCUUCGAGAGUUCUCCAAGAAUCGAAAUAAUCAAUGCAAGGCCGAAAGCGAACGUGUGUAAAAUAACAGUCAGUCCCAGGGCUUCGCCGUUGAUCCAUCGUUUGCGAAUAAAUGGAAACGAGACAAGGACGCAAGGAGGAGCUCGUAGAACUUCGAUCAUGAUAAACGGCGACCAGAACCCAGUCGCGGAGUUGAGCAGCAACAGCAACGACAACAAAGUCACGAUAAGCGUCGGCGGGGAAGACAGCGUUUGCAAUCCAACCGUGAUAUCCGUAAAUUCCUCCAGUCCGCCAAAGAUUCAAAGUUCCUCGGAAAAUCGAACCCUCGUAAUUCUCGAAAAUUAUCGAUCGAACAUUGUCCUUGAAUCGACGACGACGACGGCAAUGAAAGAGGAUCAAGCCAACAGCUCGUGUUCGGACAAUUCACGGGUCGAAGAUUCGGUGGCGUAUUCUCCGGAACAACUGUCGCUGGAGGCAACCGAUCGUAGUCUAGCUAUAAAACGAAGGGGAGCUAAUGGGAUUGUCAAACUUUCGAGCGGGAGCGACGAGGAGCGAAACAAUUAUAGUAGAAAUGAUCAAAAAUCGAGGUUUCGGGAUAUCGACUCGAACGGCAGAUGGUCGAGCCUCUCCAAAGAAUCUCUCAUUUCCAAACUCCUCGAGGAUUCCUUGAAAAAAGCCCGGGAGAAUGGAGAAAUUCUCGAUGAGAGCAGCGGAGAAGCAAUUUUGAGAAUACUCAAGCAGAGUUUGCUCAAGAGCAAGGAUUACGAGAGCUCGGAAUCCACCAUUGAACCGGAGCCUUCCUAUUCUCGAUCGCCCAGUUUGAAUUCCGACACGGAUUUCGUCUCGACGAACUUGUUCCUCGAGGAAAAUCCUUACGAGGUCAUCAAAGAACCCAUUUACGAAGAAAUCCCCGACGAACCACCUCCGCUUCCUCUUUCUCCACCUCCCACCGAGGAUUACAUCAAAGAUCGAAUUUAUUUUGCUCAAGAGUACAAGGAAGCUUACUACAAAAAAGUUAACGCGGGACAAUUCCUUCGCUCUUAUCUGUCCGACGAUAUUUACAAAAAAACUAUCGAUUUUAAGCACGACGACAGCAGCGUCGACGAUUCGUAUCUCUCCAAAAGUCCCGAAGAAUUUUUCAAAAAGAUUCCAACCAAUGCGAAUGAUCCGAAUUUCACUACUAAAUUCGAGUUCCUCAAUUAUCUCAUGGACUCGAAAGAUCGAUCCGUCGCUAUAGAGGAGGACGACGAGGUCGAGGACGACGACGAGGAAGACGAUGACGAAGAAGAUACCGAGGGCGAUCUCGAAGCCCUUUACGAACAGAAGGAAACCAGUAUGGGAGAUUUGAGCUCCAAGAGCUCGCAAAUUUCGAAUGUCUCCGACAGUAGCGAAGAGUGCAAUAUUAUUUUGACCAGUUCACCGGAAACGCUCAAAACUCGUACUGUCGAUAUCGAACGAACUGACAGUGGUGUUGGAUCGGAAAGUAGUCAAGCGAGCAGCAGCCGAGGGAUUGCCAGACGCUGGAGAUCAGGAAACGUAUCAUCGGGACCGGCGAGUCUACUUUGCGAGAUACCUCAGGUCAUUUCAGGUGAUACCAAACUCUGCGAGGAUUGUGAGCAACGAUUGGAGCCUCUUAUAACAGACAGCGGAGUCGUUUAUGCACCAUUCGUUUGUCGAAAGUGUUCGAAAAAGCGAGCCGAGCGAAAAGAAAUAAUAACCGAGAUCGUCGAGACCGAGCAAAAGUACGGCAGAGAUUUACAAAUUAUUCUUGAAGAGUUUCAUCGGCCAAUGUUGCGAGCUGGACUCUUGACGCAAGAACAACUCGCAGCUAUAUUUCUCAAUGUCGAAGAACUUCUCGAGCACAAUCUUAUGCUCGCGGAGAAGCUCAAAGAUGCUGUGGAGUUUAGUCAGGUAUCGGGUGAUGAGGAUCUCGUGACGGUUGACGUUGGUAAAAUAUUUCUCGAAUCGGAGAGGAUGCUCCACGCGUUUGAGAGCUAUUGCACGAGACAAGGUGGAGCGAGUCUCUUGCUUCAAAAUCUUGAAAAGGAGAAAGAGCUAUUGAGAAUAUUUUUGAAAGUGUCGCAAAUGGAGAACACGGUACUCAGGCGAAUGAAUUUGAAUUCGUUUCUGAUGGUGCCGGUUCAAAGGGUCACCAAAUAUCCAUUGCUUCUCGCACGUUUACUCAAAGCAACACCCACCGUCAGAAUCGACGUUCACGAAACGAGGAAGAGACUCGAGCAGGCUCGAGCCAACAUCGAAUUGCAUCUCGAGCAUAUGAAUGCCGAAGCCAAAGACCUGACGUCAACGAAGCUCUGGCGUCGAAUUUCAAUAAUACAAAACGGCAGGCGGUCCAACGGCGAGCAAGACAUGGUUAACAUUAAAUUGCGAAAGAUGGCGGUCGAAGUUUUGGAGUGGGCUCACGAGGAAGCGAGAUUUGUCCUCGAAGGACGUCUCCUCGUUGCUCAACCGACUGACAAUAAUUGGAGACGAGGGAGGACCGUGAAACUUGCUCCUGUCACAGCCAUGCUCGUUACCAAUGGAAAGCCGAGCAUCGAAUUUUUGGAUUCAAACGACGAUUCCCUUUUUCCAAGGCAGAUCGGUAUCAAGGAAGCAACACUUCUUCUGGUCAAAGAGAAAAUCGGUCGAUACUCUCUGUUGCGCGAGCCGUUGUACUUGGACAAGUGCAUAGUAUGCUGUGAGACGGAUCUCGAGGAUUACUUUGAAAUUCAAGAGCUUUCCUCCAAAGAGACUUUCAUCUUCAAAGCUGAGGAUGGAGCAAGGACGAAGAGAUGGUGCAGGACUCUCCAGGCUCAUGCACAAUCUCUCGGAGCAUGGCGACGUCGUCGUGGAGCACUGCCGAACAUAAUGAUAUGCGGGGUUGCGAGAAGUUGAACUUCAACGCUUGACUAAAAAACUUUUCUUUUUUUUCCUCGAGUCAUUCGCAGUUGAAAGUUCGAAACGAAUGGAAAACAAAAAAUAAAACGAUUCGAAAAGCGGUGACUUUCUCGCGCUCGAUUAUAGUGCGUUGCAGAAACUUGUUGUUUCCUACGUGACUGUAAAAAACAAAGUAACCAGACGCGUAAAAGCGAAUCGAUAAACCAUAAAAAUCAAUGGAUCAUUCCACUUUGAUUUGUCUCGAAAAAAUCACCAUAAUCUAUUGCAUUCGUUUAUCUUUAAUUUACUCAACUCAAAGGUAUUGAUAUUUUAUUUAUCCAUUGCGUCCAAGAUAUUUAUCAUUCAUUACAAAAUGAAUAUAAUAAAUGUCUAAAAAAUCUGAACCAACUCAAAGCCGAAGAGAUUCAGAUAAUUUCGAAUUUAUGUAGAACGUCUCCAAUAAGAGAUAAAUAUAUAGGUGUAUGAUGAUGAACAUAUGCGAAAAAUCCUGAAUACUCGUUUACGUGCACCUGGUAGACUCGUCCCUUCACAUGAUAUAUUUGAUUUAGAAAUGUCUAUUUAAAAAUACGCGGAUUAAUCAAUCAUGCGUAUUGUGUUUUGAAUGAACUCCUGCCCCGAAAGAAAUGAGUAGCUGUGAUAUCGCGACCGGUGUAUCGGAUCUUAAUGAUGGUUUUUUUCUUACUCUAUUUCAUAAAUAAUUGCGCGAGUAAGAAGAGCCUCGAGAUACGAGAAUGUGAAAAAACAGACGAUCGCUCGAAUCGAGUAAAUAUUUCUUUGCUCGGUAGCGAGUGAGUUGAAAACAAAGGAAAAACCUCCAGUCGCUUCUCUUUCCUCACUAUCAUUUAUUUGUAGGAGGAAAAUGUUUUCCAUCAGAACAGAAAUAAUCCUUCAUUCUUUUUUUUAAAGCCAAUAAUAAUUUAUCGGCUUAAUCAUUUCGAUGUUUUUGCUUCGCUGAUAAUCGAUAGAAAGAUUAAGCGAAAAAUCAAGAAAUAACAAUGUAUAUUUUUAAUGUAUUAAUUAUCGUUAAUAAGUUUUAAAAGCCACACUGUAAAUAUUUUUCAACACAAAGGAACCCGCUCGUGCAAAAUUUCGGCCACGAAUUCCUGGGUUACCUAAUCUUGUGGCCUUCGUGUGAAAAAACAAAAAUAUUCAAGUGUAAAACCAACAAAAUAAAUUUGAGUCCCGGUAAAUAUA